AUGCACAACAUGCGCCCCCAAUCAAAUGCACCAAAAACAAACCAACAUAAACCCGCUCCAACAUCUCUUCCGGCGCGCCCCUCCAUCACCGCGCCGCCUGUGAAGCAACGUCGCAAUGCACUUCAACUUCUAGUCGUGCUUUUCUACAUGGCCUUAGCGCUGCUUUCCUGGAUUCUAUUCUGCGUCAUGACGUAUAAGCUGCGUGGCCAAACAAGCUAUUAUCCAGAUAAAAGCUACACCAAGGCGUUCUAUGGGGUACAGGAGCGCAUGCGAACCAACGAGCGAUAUAUGCUUGCCGCGCGUGUUAUCCACACUAUUGCCACGCUGCUUACGAUCCCGGUUACUACCUAUGUUUGCACGGUGGCUGCGAUGGCGUAUUUGCAGAGUGGGGGAAACAAAAGAAGACUCACGGUGAAGCAGAGUGCAGCUGUAGCGGAUCAAAAAUGGUGGAGUCCUAUGGCGAUGAUUUAUGCUGGUAGUCUGCCUCUUUACAUGGGAUUCUCGAUGACCUUGAUCGGUGCGCUUUCUCAGCUUCUGCAAAGCGGGCUUGUAGGCCAGGAUGCGAUCCGUGUCGCAAGUUCCGGGACAGAGAGAAGGCUAGAGUUCAUAGACCCCUUGAAUUCAGUAGACAGGCAGUUCGGCGACGCAGGCCUAUACAUUCUCGACCUACAAUAUACGUUAGCAUCCUCGAACAGUAUCUACUCCGGUAACCUUUGGGUCGAUCGCCCCGCUACCGAGAGGAACACAAGGGCAAGCUACAUGACGCCCUUUUCGUCCAGUUUCAAUACGGGUGUUUACCCCAAGCCACAGUUCGCCCCCCGCAUCAAUACCACGAUAAAGUACGAAGAUAUCUCCGAGGAAGUCUUUAAGCAAGAGUGCCGCAAUGAGACAGACAGUGGCGCAUUCUACGCAAAUUACGCAUACGAGGACUUUCAAGGAGAUCCUGUCGGGUUCAAUAUCGAGGUGUGCAUCACGGGAGACAUCAGGAAGAGUCCGUGGAAAAUAACCCGAGACCGCCAGGAUUUCUCUGAAGCUCUUUACUUCUCGCUCGUUUCGAAGAGAAAUGAGACCAGGAUGGAAGAUGGCGAGGAUGAAACCGAAUCAUACGACUACCCUAAUCGGCACUUCAAAGUAAGCGCCGGCACCUCAUUUGGCUACUUCGAGCUACCAAGCCAUUUCAACAACAAUACAGCUGGGUCGCUCCUCGAUAAAGACCCGCUGAAAAGGAACGACGGCCAAAUAUACAGGAGAGCGGACAACGACUCCUCCGUUUCUUACGGAGGGGACAAGUUUCUGAACAAUGGGUACCACUACGGGCCCCUAACCUCGCUAGGCCUUGCACUCUUCGGAUAUCGCUCCUUUAUAGGAGCGCGCAUGUUGAACGUUUCUUCCUUCGUUGAACCUCUGGCAUCCGAUCCCGAUUACAACUGCGCUUACCUCACGCCGCUCGAGGGCGGAUCCAGUGCCUGCAGUUCUCCUGCACACAGCACCACCAAUGUGGCGGACAAGGUCUUCCAGUUGAUGAAAGUGCUCGCCAACUCGAACAGGAACUCAGCAACCCCGGGGCAAAGCCUAUUCGAAACCGGGCUGAACAUAACGAACUACAUGUUCCUCAACGGUCGUGCAGAGCAAGAUAGGUCUUGGACGAUACCCGUCAAUACCGACGAGGGAAUCGCGACUAUGCGACCCGCGAUCAGCAAGACGGGAAUGAUUCUCGGCUCGGUCUUUUUAGGUCUGCAUCUUGGCGGUAUAUUGAUGCUGUCGGUGUACUGUCUGUUCCACAAGCUUACAGCAAGUCGUCUAGGAGCUGAACUGAUGCUCAGAUUGGGUGUGGCACACGCGGACUUGCUGAAGCAGACGGAGAGCGAGAAGGAGAGGGAAAACCUUCUUAAAACCCUUCCGUCAUCUGUAGAAGGUGGCUCUGGGUUGCAUCCAAUUCGAGCUUAUCGAUGAGAUGGAACGUGGCCCAGAGAGGGUGCAGUGCAUUUAUACCUUCGGCCUGAUUAUUUUCCAGGAGAUUCUUCUUCCUCACAUUCGAGCAAACCACUCUUUGCUCUCUAUCCUUGGAUAUGUUUCUCGGAUGAUUCGCGUGAUGCAUCCGUCAAAUCAAGUAUAUCUAGAGGUAGCCUGGUCCAUCGAGGCAAAAAGAUCAGAUAGACAUCAUACUGCCAUGCGUAAAACAUACCAGCUUAAAAUAGGGAAUCAGUUCGAUACUUGUUUAAUAGACCUUUACUAAGGAUACUAUUGUAUAGUACUUAUAGCCCCUCGCCACUACCUUAGAAGCAAUGCUUUUACGCGAAAUUGGUUUAAAGUUAUGAGUUUAUAGUGAUCUUAUCCAACAGCUGCUACAACAGUGCACCUCUGUUCUCUUGUGAGAAACUAUGUCUACUGUAACUUUAGAGUAUAUUUAAAAUCUAUAUGCAGGCUGUAAAGACAAAUAGCGUAUGAUAAUACAAACUUGGGGGUUGUCCGCAGAGAUGCGCACCCCCUCGCCUCUAUGUAAGAAAUUUUCGUAAGCUAAGAAAGUGCCCGUAGAGCGCCGGAAAGACCUCGUGGUUGUCUGGGUUUAUCUUGCAAUUGAAUGGCUGAGGCCAUCGAUGGUGGAAAAGGCUGUUUGGGGCUGAAUUGAGCAUGGGCACAAUUCGCUUUGCGGGUAACUUGCCGUGCGCAACAAUUCUGCCUCAACCCUUUCCCUCGUACAUGCAUCUACAUCGUGACUGUGAGUGAAGUCAGUAAAAGCAACCGUCAACCUUCUGUGUAUUGCUUGGUCCACGAAAGGACCCGUCGCCUGCUGCAUAAAAGUAACCGUGCGAACAGUUCAAGCUCAAUAGCCGUUCCCGCCAAGUCUCUACUCUAC